AAGAACGAGUCGCUCAUGAAUCGGGCUUCACAAUCAGCGUCGUAUAACGGGAUCUGUGAUCCGGCAGGGCGAUGGCUCGGACCCUACACCGAACCCAAAUAAAGCUGGACACGGAAAACCACUGUCCUGCAUUGCACCGUGUUUAAGUACGUGACCGACAGCGAGCGCGGGGGCCGGUGUUCUGGUGACGUCAGAGGAGCGGCGGCCCUCAUUGUCUGUAAAACAGCUCGUUUUCAUCACAUAUAUCUUCUGUGUUCUCCGUGGUCGUGUGUUACAUUUAAAUCUUUAAUCUAAGAUCAAAUGCUGUUUGUGUCUUAUCUAACAAGCUGGUCUGUGUAUAAAUCAGAUGGGAGUCAGUCUGGUGUGACUGUAAGCAUAAGCUGUGAUCAGAGGAUACGGGGCUUUAUAACUGGAUUCCUGCGCUCACAAACAACUAAAGUUUUGCAUUGCUUGCUGUCAGAACUAGUAUGCUGGUUGAUAUAUGUUGACAGAGUUGUGGCUGGGGGCCAGAUUGUGUCCGGACACCCCAGCCAUCCCGCCGAGGGCCGUAGCUCUGCUGCUGGACCCAGAGGUCACAAGGGGCCCAGAAGUUUCUAGGGGCCCACAGCAAUUUCUUAAUCGUGCUUUAAAGAAGGUCCCAGAAUUCCUAGCUCCGGCCGGGUUGUGGGCUGUCCAUGCCGGUGUCCUGCUGCGGGACCGUCCAUCACGGCUCCUCUCCGAGGAGAAUCAUCCACAAGAAGCCGGGAAUCAGGACUUGUUUGAGUCAGCCGUGCUCUUCUGUCGGGCUGAGAAUGCUGCGGACUGCUUUCAGUCUGGAGGGAGUCGAGGAGCGAGACGAGGAGCAGGAGGACGAAGGAGAAGAUCUGAGGGAUGGCGGGAUCCCGUUCAUUAUUAAUAGGGGGGGUCUGCCCAUAAACGAGGAGACCUGGGAGCAGAUGUGGCGGCACGUCGCCCGCAUACACCCGGAUGAAGAAGCAGUGGCCAGGAGGAUACGGGGAACCGGCGACCUUCCCAAGAUUCCAGUACCAAGUGUGCCUACAUUCCAGCCCAACAGCAGUAUUCCCCAGCGCCUGGAAGCCAUACAGAGAUACAUCAGGGACUUGCAAUACAAUCACACUGGAACACAGUUUUUUGAGAUCAAGAAGAGCAGGCCGCUCACAGCAUUGAUGGACAUUGCCAAGGAAAUGACAAGAGAAUCUCUACCAAUUAAAUGUUUGGAAGCCGUUAUCCUCGGGAUUUACCUCACCAACAGCAUGCCGACCGUCGAGCGGUUUCCUCUCAGCUUUAAAACACAGUUCUCAGGGAGUCAUUUCCGUCACAUUGUGCUGGGUGUCCACAGCGGCGGCCGCUUUGGUGCUCUGGGCAUCAGCCGCCGCGAGGACUUGAUGUACAAACCGCUGGAGUACAAAACACUCACGGACCUCCUUCAAGAGUUCCAGGUGGCCUAUCGGAGAUACUGGCACACACUGUGCAAGGUCAAGAUCGGUCAUUAUGUGUCACACGACCCACACAGCGUGGAGCAGAUUGAGUGGAAGCAUUCGGUGCUGGACGUGGACAAGCUGUCCAAAGAAGAGCUGAGGAAAGAGUUGGAGAGACACACUCGGGAUAUGAGGUUGAAGAUUGGUAAAGCUGCUCCACCAUCACCGUCUAAAGACAGAAAGAAGGAUAUGGGAUCUCCUCUGAGGAACCCAGGCAGCCCGAUGCGCAAGAACAGCCAAAGCGACAGACGGUUGUCAGUGGAGAAGCGGUCCGGGCCGGCGGGGCCCGCGGCUGAUGUGAACGGAUACCAGAUCAGGGUCUGAGAUUCACGAGACAAAGACUGAAACGCAGCCAUGAGAGGAUGAAGAUGUGUGUUCACUUGAAGAAGUAUCUUGCUACACAGAGAAUGUGUUCACUUAUAAGGGUAGACACGAACACCUCCUCUAAUCAUUCAUUUAGUAGAAUAGCCACAUUAUGAACAAUGCAUCAUAUUUAUAUUCAUUUUAAUACUAUGCCUCAGCUGUUCAUUCUGCUGUGAGCAACUUUUCAUAUUUAAUCUGUAAAUACAGUGCAAGUUAACCUUUAACACUACUAGACACUGAUGUAGAGGAUAGCCUGUAGUCCAUUUAUUGGUGCCUUUGAUCAGUUUUUGGACUGCAAUGAUUUUCUGGCUCAGUAUUUUUGCCUUGUUUUCCAGUAUAGUCUUAACAUUUCUAAAUCAUUCAAGAUACUUUUUCUUUAGAAGCAAAACGACUUGAUUUUGAGUCUUGUUUUCUGAAAAAAAAAAA